GUUGGCUUUUCAAUCGGUGAAAACGAUGUCGCGUCUGUGGCUGUUGGGACUCCUGGCGUUCGUCGGUUUGGUCGGGGCCAAUUAUUAUGACACGUACACCAGCGACCAGACUUUUCUGGCCAAGCAGAAGAAAAUCUUGAAUCUUCUCUACCACAUCCCGCAGCCCGAUGUCGUGAACCCUCAGCUGUACAGCAAGGGCCAAGAAUGGAGCAUCGAAGCUAACAUUCACUCGUACAACAAAACGGAAGUCGCGGAGCAGUUCCUGCGGCUGUACAAAAAUGGCGUGCUCGGACGCGGGGAGGUGUUCUCCGUUUACUACCCGUCGCAGCUGAGAGAGAUGGUCCAGCUGUUCAAGCUGUUCUACUAUGCGAACAGCUUCGACGUGUUCUACAACACAGCCCUCUGGGCUAGGAACCACAUGAACGAGGGCGUUUUCGCGACCGCCCUUUACACCGCUGUAAUUAACAGAUGGGACACCGAGUUCAUCCAGCUGCCGCCGUUGUACGAACUGUACCCGUACUACUUCUACAACUCCGAGGUGCUCACCAAGGCCCAGAACGUCGGGACUUACAGCCCGAUAGAGCUGAAGAAGACUGACGGAUCAGACAUGUACGUGAUCAUGGCCAAUUACUCUGGCUGGUACAUCAACCGCGAAUACGAUCUGGAGAACAAGCUGAACUACUUCGUCGAGGACAUCGGUCUGAACGCGUACUACACUCUCUUCCGUUUGCAAUAUCCGUUCUGGCUGAGCAGCGAGGAAUUCGGUUUCCCGAAGAACCGUGGCGAGGAGUUCCUGUACAACCACCUGCAGCUGUUGAACAGGUACUAUCUGGAGAGGUUCUCGAACGACCUGCCAGCCGUCGAGGACUUCGACUGGAGCAAACCGUUCGUCCCCGGAUUUUAUCCGACCAUGACCUUCCACAACGGAUUGCCGUUCGCCCAGAGGCCAAGCUGGAGCCAAUUCCCGGUCCACAAAUACGGAUACAUCAAGAAAAUCAGGGACAUCGAGUCCAGAAUAAGCACUGCCAUCGACUCCGGCUACAUUCUCAACAAAGACGCUAAAUGGAUGAGCAUCAACACCCCAGACGGCGCUAACAUUCUUGGCAACUUGAUCGAAGGCAACGCUGACAGCAUGAACAGCAACAUCUACGACAGUUUGGACAGGCUGAGCAGAAAGGUCUUGGGCUUCAACCCGGAAACCUCCAGCAGAAACCAAAUCUGGCCCAGCGCUUUGGAAGCUUUCCCCACUUCCUUGAGGGACCCUGCAUUCUGGAGGCUGUGCAAGAGAAUCAACGAAUACUACUACAGAUUCAAGCUCCGCCAGAAACCGUACAGCAUGGACGAGGUCCUCUUCCCGAACCUGAAAAUCCAAUCUGUCACCGUUGACAAACUGACCACGUACUUCGAUCAGUUCGACGCGACCAUUAGCAACGGUCUGUUAAUGCGCACCGCUGCCGAAGCCGAGUCCACCUUGGUCAAAGUUAGACAAUACCGUCUGAACCACAAGCCAUUCAACUUCCACAUCACCGUCAACUCCGACAAAGCGACGAGAGCUGCCAUUAAGAUCUUCCUUGGACCCAAAUACGACGCCCACCGCAAAUUGGUUGAGCUGCCGGAAGGAUUCAGAUACUUCUACGAAGUCGACAACUGGGUUCUCAACCUGGACGCCGGUGUGAACAAGAUCACCCGCAGCAGCAACAGCAGCUUCUUCUCGUCCGAGGACCCAGAGCCGACCGAGCUGUUCUACAAGAGAGUGCUGAAGGCAAUCGAAGAAUCCUCCACCGUCACCACCCAACGGAGAAUCGCCGGCUUCCCCGAGAGGCUGUUGCUGCCCAAGGGUAAGAAGGAAGGAAUCCCAUACCAAUUGUUCGUCUGCGUCAGCCCGGUGAACGAAGAAUUCCAGUACGAGUCCAGAGUGUUCGGCAGCUACACCUUCGACACGAGACCGUUCGGCUACCCUCUGAACAAACCAGUGCCAGGAUUCAACUACGAUGCACCCAACAUGAUCUUCAAGGACAUCAUGAUCUACCACAAAGACGACACCGACACCAUGAUCACGUACUAAC